AUUGUGAGCCUAACAAAUCACUUGCCGAUGUGGAUGACAUAUCUAAUAAGUUCUUGAAUAUAGUGGUGCCUUUGGGCAAUUAUCGGUGUUGCAACAAGUUAGAGGAGGCGUUUGUGCCGAUUAGGAUGCUUGAUUUAAAAUAUAUUUUUCUUUUCUUUUUGAAAUUACAGAAUCUUUUUAACGCCUUGAUAUGCCCUUUAUUGAAAAUUGAAAUUGAAAUUGAAAAUAAAAAAUAUAAAGUGUAGCUGGUGAAAACACUAAAAAGUGCUCGUUUUUCUGUUUCCGAUCCAUGGCGGGGAGGAAUCAACCGCCGUACAGGCCAAGAGGAGGAGUCAACUUUUCCUCUUCUUCUUCCAGAUCCUUCCAUCCUUCCCGCAACUCAACCAAAAAUGUCAAUUCAGAAGAACGGAAGAAGACAAGCUCUAGCAAUUGGGACAACAAAGCCGCCAUUAAUGGAGAUAUUGAUGAUAUUCAGAAUUUACCUUCCUUAGUUGGAACCUGCCCUUUCAUGUGUCCUGUUGAGGAGAGGGAAAAGCGAGAGCGGCUGCGAGACUUAGCUGUGUUCGAGAGGCUAUAUGGAAAUCCUGCCAAAUCAUCACCUAGCCUUGCUGUUAAAAAGUUCUGCAGGACUAUAUCUGGAAAGACUCUGCAAGAUUCUGACGUGAGGCCUCUCUCAGUGUUGGAAGACACUUUAAGUUAUCUGAGUAACUUGCUGGAUUCCACAGAGCAUCCCUUUGAGGUGGUUCAUGACUUCAUCUUUGAUAGGAUGAGAUCCAUUAGACAAGAUCUAAGCAUGCAAAAUAUCGCUUGCAGUCGAGUGGUCUCUAUGUAUGAGAGAAUGGUUAAAAUUCAUAUAAUAUCCCAGCAUAAGCUUAGAAGAUGUAGCGGUUCAAGUAUUUCUUCGCUGUCAUACCUCAACAUGGAGCAGCUUACUAAAGCAUUGGCGACUUUAUUUAAUCUUUAUGAAGCAAAUCGAACUUCAGAAUCUAUCUUUGAAAAUGAAGCUGAAUUUUUUUCAUUUUAUGUGCUUCUCCACCUUGAUUCUAAAACCCAAGGAACAGGGGAGACACUAUCUUUAUGGUUCCGCCGUGUUCCUUCUCACAUUAUGAAGUCAACAGAAAUGAAUUUUGCUCGGAAGAUCUUGAGAUACUUUAAAUUGGGCUUCUACAAGAAAUUUAUCCAUAUAACAGAGUCCGAAGCAUCCUACCUGCAGUAUUGCAUUAUUGAACCUUCUAUCAGUGAGGUUCGAGCACUAGCUAUUUCCUGUGUGAAUUAUGGAGGAUACAAGCUUCAGCCUUUUCCCCUGGCGGCUCUUUCCAAGUUCCUAAUGAUGAAGGAAUGGGAGUUAGAAUCUUUCUGCAAUGACAGUGGCCUUCAGACCUCCAUCGAUGAAGAAGGAAAUAGUUGCUUGCCUACCAAGCAAACAACUCUUAUCCAUCCAAAAGGAGGGUUGCACAAGUAUUAUCCUCUGGAGUCAGAACGGUUCGAUAGUACAUAACUCUGAAGAAGGGAGUAACUGGAUUUCCGGGCCAUAGUGAUUACCUGCUCACUUGCUUUUGCUAUGCUCGAAAUCCGUAGUUGACCAACAUACAUUUUUGAAGCUUGGGAUUUUGGAUCCCAUCUGUCCAAGCCUUGGUGGAUAGUAUUACCUAGUACCUGCACUGGUGGGAGGUAGGAAGUACCCCGGAAUUAGUCGAGGUGCACACGAGCUGGCCCGGAUACUACAGUUAUAAAAAAAUUAAUUUUUCACAUUCUUACGAACAAAGUGAUUACUGUAUCUUGAUCCUCAGCUAAGAGCAGAAAGCAAAAUUGUUGCAUUCUCGGAACUUGAUGGUUGUUGCACAUACAGUGCAGGCUCUGCCUGCUCACUGCGUGUGAGCACGUGAUUUUUGCCA